AUGGUGGCUUCUCUCAGACUCCCCUCUCUCACUUCCCUCCUCUUUCCCGCCACCACUCGUUAUCCGGCAGCUCUUCGACGAACCUUAUGUUUACGGAACAGACCUGCCUCUGGAUUCGCGACGGCGCCGAGCGGUACUUCUUCGCCGGAGGUCGAGCGGCUCAGGUCGGACCGAGCCGUCACGCCUCGCUCGCAGGACUUCAAUGCGUGGUACCUUGAUGUUAUAGCCAGCGCUGAGCUCGCGGAUUACGGUCCGGUUCGUGGCACCAUGGUCAUUCGUCCAUACGGUUACGCGAUCUGGGAAGCGAUUCAGGAGUAUUUAAAUGUCAGAUUCAAAGAGACUGGCCAUAGCAACAUGUACUUCCCACAGUUUAUACCAUACUCAUUUAUUGAGAAAGAAGCUUCACACGUCGAGGGAUUUAGUCCUGAGCUAGCUCUUGUCACUGUUGGAGGAGGAAAGGAACUUGAAGAGAAGCUCGUGGUUCGGCCGACCAGUGAAACCAUUGUGAAUCACAUGUUCACCCAAUGGAUUCACAGCUAUCGUGAUCUUCCUCUCAUGAUCAAUCAGUGGGCCAAUGUCACUAGAUGGGAGAUGCGGACAAAACCAUUUAUUAGGACCCUUGAAUUUCUAUGGCAAGAGGGUCAUACUGCCCAUGCCACUCCUGAGGAGGCAGAAAAGGAGGCAAGACAGAUGAUCGAAAUCUAUACCAGAUUUGCUUAUGAGCAAACUGCCAUACCUGUUAUUGUAGGUCGAAAGUCAAAAUCAGAGACGUUUGCUGGUGCUGACAUAACCUAUACCAUUGAGGCUAUGAUGGGCGAUCGGAAGGCUUUGCAAGCUGGUACCAGCCACAAUUUAGGGCAGAACUUUUCUCGUGCCUUUGGAACUCAGUUUGCAGAUGAGAAUGGAGAAAGGCAACAUGUGUGGCAGACAUCAUGGGCAGUCAGUACACGUUUUGUCGGUGGCAUAAUCAUGACUCACGGAGAUGACACUGGUCUCAUGCUUCCCCCCAAGAUAGCUCCAAUAGAGGUAGUAAUUGUUCCCAUUUGGAAAAAGGACAGUGAAAAAACAGAAGUCCUCAGUGCUGCCUCAUCAGUGAAGGAAGUUCUCCAAACUGCUGGGGUUAGAGUUAAGCUUGAUGAUACCGAACAACGAACCCCAGGAUGGAAGUUCAACUUUUGGGAAAUGAAGGGAAUCCCUCUAAGAAUUGAAAUUGGUCCACGCGAUGUAUCAAGUAACUGUGUUGUUGUCUCAAGGAGGGAUAUACCAGGGAAGGCAGGAAAAGUUUUUGGAAUAUCAAUGGAUCCAUCAACGUUAGUGGCAUAUGUAAAAGAGAAAUUGGAUGAGAUCCAAUCAUCGCUUCUAGAAAAGGCGUUAUCAUUCAGGGAUAGUAACAUUGUGGAUGUGACCUCGUACGAUGAGCUCAAAGAUGCAAUUUCUUCAGGGAAAUGGGCAAGAGGUCCUUGGUCAGCCAGUGACUCAGAUGAGCAAAGGGUAAAAGAAGAAACCGGUGCAACCAUUCGCUGUUUCCCAUUUGAACAGAGUCAAGGGACCAAAACAUGCCUAAUGACUGGGAAUCCAGCAGAAGAAGUUGCAAUCUUUGCUAAGUCUUACUAA